GCGAAGGGACAGAGAGAGCUCCUGUGAAACACCAGUUGUUUAAUCAUUGUGCUUGUCAAGAAUGCACUAUUAAUUCACUGUCUGCCUGCACAUACAUUUUGAUGGUGGAUCGAUUCAUUUAAGAGCUUUUCUGUCAUUCUGCUUCAACUCUACACUGCAAAACAUCACCUGGAUCUGCUCAAAUGCAUCUAACUGAGGAUUGUAGACUUCUCCUGCUGGAUUGGUGAGCCAGAUGAACAACCCUACACCCUUUCACUUCUACAGAACCAAGGGGAAGAAUGUGUGUGUUCUCAUGCUACUGUGUGUUCCCCUCUCCAUGAUGGACAUCCCUGGUCCUUGCAAACAUGCCAUAACCAUGGACCACCUACUUCAACUAAAACAACUGAUCAGCAACCAGUUGCGGACUGGCUGUUCAAUCACAUAUACAUUCAUAGAGAGAAAACACCUGAGCGUGGUGUGUUAUGUCAAAGCUGCUCUGCCAAGGGUGCUUGAACUGUUUAACGUCCACUUCAAAUACGUGCGGGGCACAGGAAGUGCUCAAGCAGUGGUCUCCAUACAGAACCUCAUUCUCAACAUCUACUCCCAACGCUGCAUACCUUCACUGGACGAGCAACUGGAGGAGGACCCUGUAGCAUUCGAGAGGGAAUACAAUGAGUCUCCUGUCCAGGCACUUCAAAGAGUCGAGGAGGUUCUGUCCCUCUACUUGCACCUCAUCACAACCACAAACACUCCUGUUAACUGGACCUGCGAGCAAGAGUAUAGCAGCAAUCUACCCCCUACUGUAACACAGCUAACCACCAGCACAGAAGUUGCGCUGGGAUUAUUCGGGCAAGAUCCUCAGAAGUCCUUCAGCGAUGAUUUCUACAGGCUGGGCUUCAUUGUGGUCUCCGUCUGUGGAGGAUUUCUUAUCUUACUCACCGCCUACUGCCUCCUAGAGAGAAAGAAGCUGCAGCGUCAGCUUUACAGAACAAGAAUUUCAUCAGACUUGGGAUUACAAGUUGUCGAAAACUUUGAAAUCCAAGAGGAAGUAUACCAGAUGAAUGACCGACGGACACAGCUUGGCUCACACCUCGCCACUGCCUUCUAACUGAUUUGCUCUUUCUGGGUGCUCACAAGAGAGUAUAAACAGUGAAAUAGACUGUCUGACACUUCAGGAAGACCACGGCCAUGAUCAGAGGAAGCAGACUGAAGAGAUGUGUCUGAUCUGUCAAGAUAACUCAUAUGCCUUGGAACUUGUACACAUGUAAAUGUGCAUAUUACUACAAACAUCUAUUUCUGAACUACUGGAAAAUUCUAAGUAUUGCAUGCUCAGUAAUGCUACAGUUACAUCAAUCCACAACACCUACCGUAUGAGCUAGAGGAGGAAAAUCAUUCAAUUGUAGUUUGUUUCAUUUGUCAGUCUACUAUAUUGAUGUUAUUGUUCAUAUGUGAGCAGUAUCUUACAGUAAAGGCUGAGUUUGUUGAGACAGAACAGUUUCCUAAUUUCUAUCCAUUUCUAUGAAGUAAGUAUAUAUUUGAAUUGAGAUUGAGCUAAAAUAGUCAAACACAUUUAUUGGACAAAGUACUGCAUGUAUAAAAAAAAGAAAAAGAAAAAAAAUGCUCACCAGAAAAUUAAAAUCACCCUUAACAUUAUUACCCUGAAAAUGUACUCACCCUCAGGCUGUUCAAGAUGCAGAAAAGUUUGUUUCCUUGUCAGAAUGGAUUUUACGGAGCCCUUUACAGGACAUUGUGGUGGGAAAAAUUCGGGGUGAAUGGAAAAAAUUCAGGGUGGGAGGGAAUUUUUUUUUUCAAAUGUUUUGCGUUCCCUCGCAAAGAUAUUUGCGUUCCCUCGCAAAACCAUUUGAGUUCGGACAAACGCUUCCUGUUUACUUUGCAGCUUGCAGUGGUUAUAGCUCGUAUGUUCACAAUGAGCGGUUCAUAGAGUUUUAUUUUGAACUUGGACUCAAAUAAAUUAAUAAGUCAGUGCUUAGUUCAAGGCACGGUUUUGGGACAUAAUAAAACGCUUAAUGUGGCUUAAUGUUUUAAAACAGUGACUUGGAGGACCAAAUUCGAUAAUAAUAAAAGCUGAUACAAUUAUUAGGCUAAUAUUAAUAACCUUAUUAACAGUGGCGGUUCUACAUUGAAUUACUCCCCGGGCGAGACCCCCUCUGAGCGCCCAUCCCCCCACAUUUUUUUAAAGUUUUUUUUGCUAAAAAAUUUUGCACAAACAGUUUUACUAUAACAAUAUAAGUGUAAGACAAGCUUAUAUUUCUCAAUUGCACAAAUCCUUCAACAUGAAAAACACAAUUCUGCACAAAACAGUACAAGUUAUCAGCACUCGACAAUCAACAGAUUUCCCAUCCCCCAGCACUGUCACUCACAACCAGAAGUCAAGACUAAACCACAAAGUGAAAAUAGCAGUAUUCUUUAGUGAUAUGUUAUUUACACAGUGCAAAUAGCUUUAGAUUCUAUUUAUUCUAUGUUAAAAUAAAAUAAAAACAUGGCGAAAAACAUUGUUAGAGAAAAACAUUACUUAUUGCAAAAAUAGUGGUAAUUAUCUGCACUUCUGCAUUGUAACACAUUAUAAAAUAGUAUGCAAUAACUUAUUGAGUGUAAUUUUUUUUUUUAUUUCUAAUUAUUAAAUGGAUGCCACCUUAUUGGGACAAAAGCCCUCUCUACACCUAACCUAACCCUACCCGAUACUUUAUGUUCAACUCUUUGAUUAUUUCCUUCAUUUUUAUUAAAAAAUCAAUGCUUUUCUGAUGUGAUGUGAUUUGAAAUUUAAAAAGGGAGAAAAAAAGUUCGCCAAAAGGCAGAUUCGAUCCCUGGUCGAUCGUGUCGAAAGAAGUGUAACGCAAAUUUUACCAUCUGCACCACUGAAUAUGAAAGCUAGUAACCGUCUUUUGCAUAUUUGACUAUCCCAAUCAUACAUUUGUGGGUGGAGUUAAUGUAAAUAGCCUCUGCCAGCAACAUAGCUAUUUGCACUUAAAUAGACACUCCGAUUUAUUUAUUUUUUUUAUAUUCCCAACAACAUUAAACAGUUGCCCACAUGAAAAAAACACUUCCCGCGCCCCUGGGUGUGACUGACUUUAGCCCACUUGUCCCACUAAUUUGAGAGAGGUGAACUGUCCCCCGCGGCCGCGCCCCCCUCCCCUUUCCACUUCUCACACAGCUUCUGUGCUCUGUACCUUCUCAACAAGCAGGGGCGCCAAUUAGCCAAUUCCCCGCACAGUUAUAUGAUAGAUAAUAUGAUAGAUAAUAGAAAACCGCUUAGCGGCGCAGAUGAUUUUUUUUUUUCCAAGUGCUUGUGCCGCCCCCCACGUGUCAUGAAAAAAUGCCGCCCCGGGCGGCUGCCCCGUUCGCCCAUGCCUAAAACCGCCACUGCUUAUUAAUAAUAUUACUAAGCAGAAUAGCCCAGAAUUUGAACGCAACGCCCUGCACGUAGCCUAAGCUUUUUCUCCCACAUAAAAGCUUAGUAGGCUAUAAUGAAAACGGUGAUUUAAAAAUACCAAAUCCGUUGCAUUCAUAUUCUGGGCUAUUCUCCUUUAUUAAUAGUAAUAUUAUUAAUAAGGUUAUUAAUAUAAACCUAACAAUUUUAUUAGUAUUUAUUAUUUUUGAAUUUGGUCCUAAUGUCACUGUUUAAAGCCACAUUAAAGCAUUUUAUUAUGUCCCAAAACCGUGCCUUGAACUAACCACUGACUGACUGUAUUUCUUUAUACUUGAAUCAAAGUUCAAAAUAAAAACUCUAUGAACCGCUCCAUUGUGAACAUACCAGCUGCAUGAACCUUUCAUUAUAGCCUACAUUAAGCGUUUUCUAUGGGGAAGAAAAGGCAUAACGUGCAGGGCGUUGCGUUCAUAUUCUGUUUUUAUUAAUAGGAAUAUUAUUAGUAAGGUUAUUAAUGUUAGCCUAGUAAUUUUUAUCAGGAUUUAUUAUUAUCGAAUUUAGUCCUCCAAUGUCACUGUUUUAAAAUAAAUAUAAUUAUAAUAAAUAUAAUAUAAUAAAUAUAAAUUUAAAAUAAAGCCACAUUAAGCGUUUUAGAAUGUCCCAAAACCGUGCUUCGACAUAAGCACUGACUGUAUUACUUUGAGUCCAAGUUCAAAAUAAAACUCUAUGAACGGCUCCAUUGUGAACAUACGAGCUGUAACCACUGCAAGCUG